CGUGGGCGGUCCUUGUGUCUAGGAAGUAGUCACACCGGGUGAUAGCGUGACCGUUAGCCUCACACACCAAAUUAUAGUUUUUAUCGUCUGUUAUCUGAAGUAAAGAGUGAACAUGGGUGAUGAAGAAGAGAAAUACGACGGGAUGCUGCUGGCCAUGGCGCAGCAGCAUGAAGGAGGAGUGCAGGAGCUGGUGAACACAUUCUUCAGUUUUCUAAGAAGGAAAACAGAUUUCUUCACGGGAGGAGAGUCCGGAGCCCCAGAGAAGCUGGUUAAAGAGGUGUUUGCUCAACACAACCAGCUCGCCCUCAAAGUCCAGAAAGAGAAAGAGUCCAGACAAGAAAAGGAGAGGGAGAAGAGCGACAGAGCUGCAAAACUGAAGGAAGAGGAGAAGAAGAGGAAGCAGGACACCGAGGAGCCCAGAAUCAAAGAGAUCACAGACGAGGAGGCCGACAGACUCCAGGCACAACUAAAUCAAACAAAAGAAGAAAAGAACACUGUAGAAGUACCUGAGAAAACAGACGGCGAUACAUCAGAAAAAGACAGAAAAGGGUCGGACUCCGAAGGAGAGGAAGAUGAAAAGGACAAAGACAAGAUAAAGCCCAAUUCUGGGAACGGAGCAGACCUUUCAAACUACCGCUGGACGCAGACCCUGUCUGAAGUGGACCUGGUCGUGCCGUUCGACGUGAGCUUCCGUCUGAAGGGGAAGGACGUGGUGGUGGACAUCCAGCGGCGUUCGCUGAAGGUGGGACUGAAGGGUCAUCCACCUGUGAUCGACGGACAGCUGAGCCACGAGGUGAAGGUGGACGAGAGCUCAUGGCUCAUAGAGGACGGCAAAGUGCUCACCAUUCAUUUUGAGAAGAUAAACAAGAUGGAGUGGUGGAGCAGGUUAGUGACCACAGACCCCGAACUCAACACCAAGAAGAUCUGCCCUGAGAACUCCAAGCUGUCGGAUCUGGAUGGGGAGACGCGCAGCAUGGUGGAGAAGAUGAUGUACGAUCAGAGGCAGAAGUCCAUGGGGCUGCCCACCUCCGAAGAGCAGAAGAAACAGGACAUCCUGAAGAAGUUCAUGGCUCAGCAUCCAGAGAUGGACUUCUCCAAAGCCAAGUUCAGCUGAGAGCCGCGUCACGUGACAUGUGAUCUGAGUCUCGUCUUACAUCAGUUACAGGAGUUUGUUUUCGGUUCUACGACUGUUUGUCUAACAGUUUCACUGUUGUUGUGAUGGAAGUGUUAUAUUACAGCAUGUCUUGGUGUUGAUUUUUUUUUUUAAUAAAUCAUUUCAAACCCUC